CUGAGAGGUAUAUAAGAAUGUGCUCGGCACAAGAGCAAACACUUUUUCAGGCGAAGGACUCUCAUGAAUCAGCCAUGCAUGUGAAUGAAGACACUGUUUCAAGGAGGCUUGGAGCCACUAACAAAACAUGUUUGUAUUUCAUCAUCGCGACCCUUGUUGUGUUACUCGUCUUUGCAUUAGCCACCAUCAUGGUCUUACUGGUUCAGAGGACGGCAGUUGAUCGUGCCACGGAGGGCAUCGCAAAACCUAUCAGGACAGGGAACACCUCCGAAGACUAUUUAAGAAUCCUACAGAAUUUCCCGACCAAGACAGCCGCUGCGUACAUGAGAGUGUCCAAUCCAGUAAACAGUUCAAAACUGAGCUUGACGGAGAAGGGUAUUUGUGAAGACAUCCAGUGCCAGAGCGAAGAGCUGGUGAUACAGAAACAAGGCCUCUACUUGAUCUAUUGCCACUUGAACUUUCAUUUUCCCAACUGUUCAAACAACCCCACUGACCUCAAGAUAGAGCUCCUUGUGAACGGCAAAGUCAACAGGCAAACAUUAUCCACAUGCUGUGCAUCAGAAACGUGCCAGGAAAAGACUUUUACAACCUUGUUCCAGCUGCAUUUGACAUACCUGAAUGUGAAGGACCGAAUAUCAGUAACACUUAAUCAUCCUAAAUUCUUGAAUGAAAUUUCUCUUCCCAAUGAAAACGUUCUUGGUGUCUUGAGGUACAGUGAUGAAAUGUGAGCAGCUGUCUGACUUCCCACUGCUGCCCACACUUAUCUUUCUCUGAACUACAGUAGCCUGCUUUUACUAGGCAACACCUUGUUUUAAAUUUCCUGUCUUACCUCAUCGCUAGGGUCAACAAGGAACUUUGAGAAUGUCCCAGAAUGAAACCUAAAACACUGCAAGACCCACAACUGACAGAUUGCUCUGGUUUGCUUCAGGGUACGAUUGUUGUUGGACUCUCCACCAUAUAACCCCCAGAUCUGCCUAUGGU